AUGGCGAUGUGGGUAUUCGGGUACGGAUCUCUAAUUUGGAAAACGGGCUUUCCUUUCGACGAUCGUCUUCCUGGUUUCAUAAAAGGCUAUCGCCGUGUUUUCCACCAAGGUAGUACUGAUCAUAGAGGAACUCCAGAAUUUCCGGGAAGAACAGUCACAUUAGAGCCUGCAAAUGGAGAAAUCUGUUGGGGAGUUGCUUACAAGAUAACAAAUGAACAAGACAAAAGAGAUGCUUUAACACAUUUGGAAGUGAGAGAGAAGCAAUAUGAUCAGAAAGAGUAUCUUGAUUUCUUCACAGACUCGAAUGAUUCAGAACCGGCUGUAACAGGAGUAAUGGUAUACAUAGCUUCUCCUGAUAAGAAGAGCAACAACAAUUACUUAGGACCAGCUCCUCUUGAAGACAUAGCUAAACAGAUAGUAAAAGCAGAAGGACCUUCAGGGCCAAACAGAGACUAUCUGUUCCACCUUGAAGAAGCUCUCGUUGAACUAGGGUUUAAAGAUAAACAUGUCACAGAUCUUGCAGCUCAAGUUAGGCUCAUUCUUUCAGAGACCCAGGAGUUGUCGAAUGAUGUGGCAGCCAACCAUGUCUAG